GUUCGGCAGUGUUUUGCUGGUGUUCGAUGUUUGAAGUAUAUGGCUGUGAAGUGCGUUUUAUCUCAAUUUAUCUUUUAUGGGAUGAAUUAAUAUUUUUCUGAUAGUAAAAUUACUUGAAGUUACAAAAUGAGCUAUCAUAGAAAUAACUCUGGUAAUAAGCAGAAAGGCUUUGGCUUUGCUGGCUUCCAAAUGUCAGGACGUAAACGCCAAGGGGCAGCUAUACCUCCUCCACCAUCAAACUCUGGUUUUAGCAAGCAAGGAUAUCAUACAAUGAAUGCAAUCACAGAAAAUGCAUUAUCAGCAAAUUGGAAUGCACCGAAAAAACGCAGCAAAACUGAAGAAGAAUAUUUUGAUGAAGAUGAUGAGGCUGUAUCAUCAUCUACAUUAGAAUAUAUUCCAGCUCCUGGUUCACCAACUUAUGAAGAACACAUGAAGAAGAAUACAAAGAAACAUGACAGUGACAGUGAAGAAGAUCCUCUUGAUGCAUUUAUGGCUGGAAUAGAUGCUGAAAUUAAAAAAAAUACAAGUAAAGUUCCUGAUUCAGAAGAACGUAAAGACAAAGGAGUAAGAGCAGAUAUUGAUGUAGAAGAUGACGAAGAGAGUUAUUAUAGGUAUAUGGAAGAAAAUCCUAAUGCAGGUUUACAUCAAGAUGAUUCAGACCAGGAAAUUGAAUAUGAUGAAGAUGGAAAUCCAUUACCACCAUCUAAAAAGAAAGAAAUAGAUCCUCUACCACCCAUCGACCACAAUUUAAUAUCAUAUGAACCAUUUGAGAAGAAUUUUUACAUUGCUCAUGAAGAAAUAGGAAGCUUAGAUAAACAACAAGUUGGAGAUUUGAGGAAAACAUUAGGAAUUAAAGUAACAGGAGCUGAUCCACCAAAUCCAGUUUGUAGUUUUGGUCACUUUGGAUUCGAUGACUUGUUAAUGAAAGCCAUACGAAAGCAUGAGUAUACUCAACCAACGCCAAUUCAAGCACAAGCUAUCCCAGCAGCCUUGAGUGGAAGAGAUUUAAUUGGUAUUGCUAAGACUGGAAGUGGUAAAACAGCUGCAUUUGUGUGGCCAAUGCUUAUACAUAUAAUGGACCAAAAAGAAUUAGAACCUGGUGAGGGGCCAAUUGGACUCAUUCUAGCACCUACUAGAGAGUUGUCGCAACAGAUAUAUCAAGAAGCCAAAAAAUUUGGAAAAGUAUAUAAUAUUCGAGUUUGUUGCUGUUAUGGUGGUGGCAGCAAAUGGGAACAAAGUAAAGCUUUAGAAGGUGGAGCAGAAAUUGUCGUUGCUACUCCUGGACGAAUGAUUGAUUUAAUUAAAAUGAAGGCAACAAAUUUGACUAGAGUAACGUUUUUAGUGCUUGACGAAGCUGACCGAAUGUUCGACAUGGGUUUUGAGCCUCAGGUUAAAUCCAUAUGUAAUCAUGUGAGACCAGAUAGGGUAACACUACUAUUCAGUGCUACGUUUAAAAAGAGAAUUGAGAAACUCGCCAGAGACGCAUUAACUGAUCCUAUUAGGAUAGUGCAAGGAGACGUAGGUGAAGCUAAUACAGAUGUAACUCAACAUGUCAUUGUGUUUCAUAACAAUCCUACAGGCAAAUGGAUAUGGUUAAAUCAAAAUAUUGUUGAAUAUCUGAGUUCUGGUAGCUUAUUAAUAUUUGUUACUAAAAAGUUAAAUGCUGAAGAAUUAGCAAAUAACUUGAAACUCAAAGAAUACGAUGUUUUGUUACUUCACGGAGAUAUGGAUCAAAUUGAGAGAAAUAAAGUUAUUACUGCAUUUAAGAAAAAAGAAGUUAGCAUUUUAGUGGCAACCGACGUCGCGGCUCGAGGUUUGGAUAUACCACACAUCAGGACAGUUAUUAACUACGAUGUAGCUCGUGAUAUUGAUACUCAUACACAUAGAAUUGGUAGAACAGGUCGAGCCGGUGAAAAAGGCACGGCUUACACUUUAGUUUCAGAAAAAGAUAAAGAGUUUGCCGGACACCUUGUUAGAAAUCUCGAAGGUGCUAAUCAAGAAGUACCUCAAAGUCUUAUGGACUUAGCUCUACAAAGUAAUUGGUUUAGAAAGUCAAGAUUCAAGGGUGGCAAAGGUAAGCAGCUGAAUGUCGGUGGUGCUGGCUUUGGUUUCCGUGCUAAGAAUUCUUCGUCCAUUCAGGAUAAUUCUGACUCUUCAUCAUCAGGACAGCAAUCUUUUCAACCAAAAGAUAUUAGCGAAGUAGUUAAAAAAUUAGAAAGAGCAGGACCUGGUAGCGAUAGACUGGCAGCUAUGAAAGCUGCAUUUAAAAGCCAGUACAAUACACAGUUUCGGCCUUCUUCCGACCACACGUGGGAACAAACCACUACACCAGCCUCGGUCAUCAUGCCGCCCCCUCCUCCACCUCCCCCUGGUGGUUUGCCUCCUCCUCACCCUGGUUUACAAUCACCACCUUCAACGAAUAAUGACCAGUCAAACAAUCAGUUGACAGCUUCAGACAAAGAUAAAACGGAGAGGAAGAGAAACAGAAAAAGUCGAUGGGAAUAAAUAUAAUUUGUUGAUGAUUUGUAUGAUAAUUGAAAAUUUGAUAGCAGUUAGAAAUUAAUCACUUAUUACGUUUGCAAAUAGUUUGAUUUAAGUAAACAUUUACUCAUAAUUUCAUGAUUUAUUUAUUGCAUGCAUUUGCGUAUGGUUAUCGAUACGUUAUACAGUAUCAGAUAAUAGAAGAUGCAAGAAUCUUACAUCAGAUGCGCUUUUUACUUGACUAUAUAUAUAUUUAACGUUAGUGAUUAAUAAAAAAAAAUUGAUAUCAAAUUUUCAAAAACACUUUUUGUGUACAUGUAAUAUUUUUUUUCUCGAUUUAUACAUCGCGUGAGAUGUAACGAUUGAAAUAUCUUUUUUUUUA